AUGGGGCGACUUCGAAACCUGUCUCAGAGCUUCAAGGCCGCUGCCUUCCCUUCGAGUUCCAAUAAUGCGUCGAACCAGUCCCUUUCCAGGGCCUCGCCUAAUGGCCAGACUCAAAUAGUCGACAAAGAGGCAUCUUCUCCAUUGCCCAAUUCACCCGUUGCGCCCUUCGCCGAUACUCCUCCGCCCAACCCUGCGCCCAACCGACCAGCCUCUCGUCCCGCAUCCAUGGUGUACACGAGUCCGUCCAUGGACUUUGGCAAGGAGAACCACAUUGAAGAGCUGGCGCCGGUGUUCAGUUUCCUCUCGAGUCACGCCAACAAACUGUAUCAAGAAGGCUACUUUCUGAAACUGAACGAUCUUGAUACACAUGGACGGCCAUACCCUGACCGGAAUUGGGUCGAAUGCUUUGCUCAAUUGGUAGGAACGGUGCUCUCGCUUUGGGAUGCUGCUGCACUCGAUGCCGCCGGACAGGAUGGAGAAGUAGCCCCCACGUUCAUCAACCUGGCAGACGCUUCGAUCAAAAUGGUAGGCCGUUUUGCCCCGUCACGAAUGAUUGAGGAGUUUGUUCUGAACCACCAUGUGCAGAUCGAGACGCUUCCAACACGAAACCCGGAUGUCCAGCCCCUACAAAACGUUCUUUCAGUUUCCACCGCGGGCAAAAAUCGCUAUCUGUUACACUUUAAUUCCUUGCAUUCGUUGACACAAUGGACGGCCGGCAUCCGGUUAGCGAUGUUCGAACACGCAUCCUUGCAGGAGUUGUACACGGGCUCAUUGAUUGCCGGAAAGGGCAAGUAUCUGAACAACAUCCGAACGAUCAUGGAGAGGACCAAGUUUAAAACGGAAGAUUGGGCGCGUGUCCGCUUUGGCGCUGGGACGCCCUGGAGACGCUGCUGGUGCGUCAUCGAGCCGCCGGACGAGAAAGAAUGGCAGAAGUCCAACAAGUCAUUGAAGAAGAAAUCGGCGUACGAAAAGCCCUCGUUGCCCAAAGGCGACAUUAAGUUCUACGACACCAAGAAAACCAAAAAGACGACCCCUAUCGCAACCAUCACCGACGCGUAUUCAGCAUAUGCCAUAUAUCCCCAGUCGAAACCUUUAAUUGAUCAGUCGACGCUCGUCAAGGUGGAAGGCAGAAUCACCAUUCAUUCGAAACCGGAGUCUAAGACUGAAGGGUUUGUCUUCGUGAUGCCCGAGCUGCACCCGGCCGUUUCCGGGUUUGAGAUGAUGCUACGCUGGCUCUUCCCUGUUUUCGACGUCUUCCACCUGUACGGACGUCCUCAGCGCUUGAUUGCGGACACGUGGGACACCCGCGGCCUCAUGUUUGCUAUGCCAAAGGAGCGCCGAUACGGGUACCUGGACAUCAUAGACGUUGCAGCACUAAUUCAUACACCAGGCAGUGACAAGUGGAGCGAGCGCGAGUGGCGGAAACAAAUGAAGGAUAUGACUUCGAAGAGAAUGGCUAUGACGGCGCAGAGUCGGUCAAGCAGCACUUUGGAAGGACAGAGGAGAAACCGAACGCUCUCGGAGUCCCGCCAGGGUGUGCACUACGACGACGCAGCCUCUGUCCGCUCAACACCUUCCAGACAUCAGUAUAACCAGUCUACUGAUGCCGUCUUUGCUUCGCCCAAGAAGGCUGCCACGACGCCCCUCAACGCUGGAUACCUUGCUCCUCCCCAGAACCAACAACAUUCAAGGUCUGUAUCGGAGUCGGUGGCCUAUGUGUCCCCUACAAAGGCACGCCAGCAACGGGACAACUACAACCCCUCUCGAUUGUCCAGUGAGUACACUGACAUGGAGCCAAUCCAACCUCCGCCUGCGCCUCCAGCGUACCGGUACCAGAACAAGAACGUGGCUGCCACUACUGAACUAGAAGCAUCCGAUAGCAGGUACAGCUCCGACAGUGAGGGUCAAUCACCGCACACGCACCCAGAAGAUAUUCAGGAGGACGUGCGAGGGUCGACGCCGCCAGCACCGGUGGCCGCACCUCCGCACUUCCAACAUCAGGCUGGGCAAGUGCCUCAGAAACGACCAGAGGUGAGACCGGAUCUAAGGCGGGAGAAGAGUCGCAUGUCAAAUGCAACACUGUCUCAGAUGGCGGAUGUGAACAAGAUGGUAAGCGGUGCCGGUGGGGCGGCGGGGCAGGCCGCCGUGAUGGCGUGGAACAACGGGAGGCCGGAUGACAAGGAAGAUCAGGGGCUUCGAGGGGUAAAUACUGAGACCCCUCACGACGAAAGAGAAAUGUCUGCUAAUCAACAUCCCCCUGAAGCGGUGGCAGCGGUAGCAGAUGGUGCUUAUACAGACAGCCCUGCUGAUCUCAGACCAGAAUAUGCCCGACUGCCCAGUAAUAGUGAAUCCGUGAUCGCUCGGAAACCGAUUCAUCGAAAGCCUGUGCCGGCGUCCACCACCUCCCUUCCGCUUCCCAUCCAGCAUUCCCAACCCCCGGACGACAUGUCUCCAUAUUCCGCCUCUAAUUACGACAACGAAUCAUCCGGCACUCCCGACUACGACAGCCUUCCUGAGGAAGCCGCAUCAGACAUUCGGCCCCGAAAAACGCGGACUGGCGUGCUCAAGACCGUGGGAGAUCCCAGCUUGAGAGAUUACCACCAAGUAUCCCGAUCAUCCCUGCAAGUCGAUAUACCAGAGAUCAACUUCGGCACGACUGUCGUGCCGAGCCUAACACCAGGCCAGAGUCGUCCUCCGACCGCAAGUGGGAUACAUGGCCGCCAGUCACCUCUCGACCACCCGGCCACAGCUCCUGCGACGCCUGGUGGAACUCCGCCGUCACGGCCGCCUUUGGACGAAAGAGCAUCCCUAGGGCGGCAGACUCCCAGCGACGAGCGGAGGCUGUCCUAUGUUGAUAGGAUCAGCCCACAGCCCAAUCAUGCUCGCUCUCGAAGUUAUGCUUGGCAACCCGCAGCCAUGACCGGCCGACAAAGCCCCAGUAGAGUCUUAACGGCUGAGGAGUUUGUCCAGCAACGCGCUGCGGCGGCGCGGCUGCCCCAGGGAUAUGUCCCACGUCGAAGCUUUUCUUCAGGCCAAGUUGAACGGUCUCCGAGCAAACUACAGAAGAAGAGGGAAUCCAUCGUCCGACCCAGUUCCCGGAACUCGCUGCUGCUGGAUUAUUCUAGCCAUCUGUCGGCGCGAGAACAAGAGCAUGUGGCACGAAUGACGGGCGGCCCUUUGAUCCAGGUGGGCGAGCGGAGCCGAACUCCAGAUCCUUCGGUCGGCCUGAUUGGCGCGAUACAAGCACGGGAACAGGAAAAGAAGAACAUAAAAGACGGGGUGGCGGGUCAUAUGGUUCAGGAGGCGAUUGCACAGAGACAAGCUGCCGAACGCACGUACGGAUACCAGCAAUAUCCUGGAUAUCAAUCCGUGGAUCCGCGGCAGUCUGGUCAAUGGACAACCCCUCCGCCAUCGGUUUACUGGGGCGGCGCAUUUCCAGCUGCCGGUCCGACUCCCAUGUCGAAUGUUCAAGGGCCUCAGCAACAUCCACAACAACAGCAGCAGCCCAAUGCGGGAUAUAACCCUGCAUAUGGUGGACCGUACAGGCCACCUCAAGGAGGCUACGUGACGAGGUAA